CAACGAUGCUGACAGUCCAGGGACAAUAUAUCCCCUAUUCGAUACCCUGAACCGCCAUUGUAUAAGAAGAAAAUAUUGUUCCUACACCAAGGCAAACAACAUAUUUGUGCGCUUUCAGUUUAUUCAAUUCGUUCGACUUGUUGUAAAAUCAGCCUUGCUUUCGCUUGACUGGGUUCCCCCACCCCCUGCGUUCUGCCACUGCGCCACGACCCCUUUCCAGCUUGCAUCUCGUGGACAUAAUACAAUACAGAACCACCCGCAAAUUAUUCCGUCGCCGUCGAGUACGGAUGACAGCCAAGAGUACACCUUAACCCAGCCGCGCGCCUCUGAUGUCCGCGGCCGAUACGAAGAAGAGGCCACGUGCAAGGAUCCUGCGAUCAAAGUCGGGCUGUCGCACCUGUAGGAUCCGCAAAGUUAAAUGCGAUGAGAGACAUCCCGCGUGCGGGAAAUGCGCGUCAACGGGACGGACCUGCGAGUGGUUCGCACCGGAGUCGCCGCCGGUCGUCCAAGAAACUUCAAUCGAGCGGCGUCGCGUCCUGCCUCUCGUCGAUGCUACCAUUCUCGAGCGCCGGUCGUUUGAUUUCUUUGCUUCGCGCACUGUGCGCGAUUUAGCGUGGCUCUUCGACUCGGAUCUCUGGGAGUUCACCAUCCUGCAGCUGAGCCAGUCGGAGAAAGCGCUGCGACAUGCCGCGGUGGCGUUGAGUUCGCUCCAGGAGGCGGAGGAGACGUAUGGUAUGCCUAUUUCCAAAGAUCGCGCAGGGGAUGUGAGGCACCGGUUUGCAGCGCGACAUUACAAUCUUGCUAUUCAUUAUUUGAGCGAGGGGAUGUGUGCAGGUGCAGAGAAUGCAAGACUAACUACGCUGGUCACGUGCUUGGUGUUCAUACAUAUCGAGCUUCUACGAGGACGCUAUGAGGAGAGCCUGACGCAUCUCCGAAGCGGACUACAGAUCUUGGAAGGUGGAAAGGCCGCAAGUUCAGGGAAUAACGACGAACUAGAGGAUGAAAUACUAAAAGCCUUUCAAAAGCUUGACCUCCAAGCCGCACAUUUCGGCGAACCGACACCACGUCCACGUCUAGUCCUCGAUGAGGCCGAUAGAACCACACCAGGAGGCUCCAGCCUGCCCCCAUUUACGAGCAUCUCCGAAGCAAAAGACCAAUGUGACAUCCUCAUGAGCAAAAACUUCCACUUCAUCGCCUCCUGCGUGGAACAGACUCCCCAAGAGCGAGCUCAGAACGAUCAGCAACUAGUAGCGCGGCAGGCCGAGCUCACCGACUUGCACCAUGUAUAUCUAAACGCCCUCUUCAAACUCGCGAAUUCACAAGCCGAGUUAUCCCCAAAAGACAGACGCGGAGCCAUGAUGCUCCGCGCGCACCUCAUCGCAUCUUCUAUCCAUCUUGCCGCCUGCCUCGCUCCAAACUCUAAUAUUCUGUUUGACCAACACCUCGCGGGUUUCAAAGACAUCGUCGCGCUUGCUGAGUCUCUGAUUUCCGAUUUCUCUACUCCUACGUCCAGUCCGGAGACACCGGGACGGAAGAUUAUCACGAAAGAGCGCAUGCCGACUUUCCUGACGGAUUGGGGAGUCGUACUCCCGCUAUACUUCGUGGCUAUCAAAUGCCGCGACUCGCCGACUCGACAUGCCGCACUAAAUGCACUAGAUUCGUGGCGGCAUCGCGAGGGGUUCUGGGAUAGUGCGUUGGCGCAUAAGAUCGCGUCGCAGGUAGUAAAGAUGGAGGAGGUAGGUAUUUUAGGGAGCGGCGCUGUAAAAAUAUAUGAUGACGUGGACGGUGAUGUGGGAAACGAGCCGAGAUCGUAUCUCGGCACCUCGACGCGUUCGAGUAGUGGGAAGAAGAAAAAAGCGGUGGCGGUCCGGGAACCUGUGGAGGCGGAUGAGCUGCCGGGACAGGUGAGAAUUGGAAAUACUUUUGUGCAGAUUAGUGAGGAUCAGCAGCAUAUCACUGUGACGCUGACGAGGAAGCUGUGGAAUGGUGGGGAGGGUGAGAUACAACCUGGUGUAGCUCAGGAUGAUGAGGAAGGAUGGGUCACGGAGAAUUAUCAGCUGACGCUGUGAUGGAGGAGGCUCUUUAAUGACUAGUGCUACAACAGGUAAUAUGAUGUUGGCAUAUUAGAAUCUGUAGAUGGAAACAAGACGGAGCUACAGUACGCAUAUAAUGUUGAUUGAAAGAAUAUACUAAGAUCAUAAGGUCGUAUAUAUGGAAAGAACGAUGGCCAAGCAAGCCUCAUUUGCGGUUUCCUUGGGGUUUACAAAGUUAUAUAUAUGGAAGGUAUGAUUAUCAAGCAGAG